CCGGAAAAUGCUACGAAUGAGGGGAGAGGGGAAGGGCUGCAGUGACCGCACCGGGACGAAGGCGAUUAGAGGGCACCACCGACGCAGGUCCCCCCAGCUUAUCCAGCACACUGGCCAGUCAGGCACGGGUCUCCUUCACCGGGAAUGCGGGUUUGGGCAAGGAUCGGGUCUUCGCCAGGUGUCAAUCCCUCUAUCUGAUUUGGAGAAGAUGGGGAAGAGAGGUGUGGCUAUCGAAUUGGAGAUCGGCUAGUCAUCCAACUGGUCUGAUCAUGCCACAAAAGUCCAGAAGCGCAGGUAAUCAUCCCACAGAUGGUCUCUCCUUCUGGGCGUUUUGGUACGUAAAGCCAGCUCGGGCCAUUGAUUCCGGCGGCGGGUUCUCGUUAAUAACCCGUAUUACUCCAUACCACCAGGUGCUUAUCAAAACCCACACCCUCGCUUCCGCUCCGACCGACCCUCGUCGGCUUUUUCCUCUCCUCCUCCUCUUCCUCCCCUCCUUUCCCUCUCAGUCUUCCAGCCUGUCCUUCAGUCCAGACAGCUUUCUGUACAGUCGUUGCUUCCUUCCUUUUCAAUAUAUAGGCUUCUUGAGUCCCGUGCCGUGGAGAAUUGUUUGCCUACAAGCUUCCUUUUCCUCUACUUCGCUUACCAACCUCAUUAAUCGCCCAACUCGGUCGCGUCGGACAUCUACGGAUUGUUCGAAUUCCUCUCGCCCUCGAUCCUCACCAUCGUCUUAUAAUCUAUAACCCCAUCACCCUUACCACAACCAUUCAAAAUGCGUGCCACCUUUGCUCUGCGUAACGCUGCCCGCACCCCCCUCAUCCGGUUCAUCGGCCGCCGUUCCGUGCCCCGUAUGUAUCUUACCCCGUGCAUCAUCGCCAGAUCCUUUGUCUAACAUGACCA